GCUUUCACAUUCUCAAGUUAGCUUUCAAGGUGAGACAAUCGGUCUUGAAAUAAGAUGAAAAUUUUUCUUUUUUAUUUCUUGAUUUUUGGAAUUGUUAUUGAGUUAAUCGGUGGAUUCGAAUCAUUUUCCUUUGAAAAAUGUAACUAUAGUGAUGCACAGUGUCCAAUUAAAUUGCUUCAAUUUUUCAUUGAUCAAUUUUGGUGUGGAAAUGAGGAGUUGGAUUUACCACACCUUGAUCCUCUUCGUGUUAAUGAGGCCACACUGGUGUCACAAGGAAAAGGUCCUCUGAAUUAUAUCUUUCAUAUAAGAGAUUUUGAUUUUAUUGGAUAUCGUGAGUGCCGGAUUAUUCAUACAGCAGGGUGGUCAAAGGAAUUUGAUGGAACUGAUGCGGAAAUUGUAUUGAAAGCUCCUAAAUUCACGAUUACUGGUCCAUUCACGAUAAAAGGGAAUUUUUUGAGGUUCCUAAUUGAAGGAUCAGGGAUAUCCAACGUAACUCUAAGCAAUGUUGACGCAAGAAUGAAAUUUAAACUUAAGAAAGUAACAAAAGAUGGUAAAGUUUAUGCAACAGUUGACAAGUUUAUGGUGAAAAUCACUACAACCCGGAUGUACAUGCACCUUGAGAAUAUAUUUGAUGGGGAUGCUAUGCUAAAAGAAAUCGUGGAUCAAUUUAUAGAUGAAAAUUGGGAGAUGAUCUUCAAAGAUAUUGAACCAUCUGCCAUGAAGACUUUUGGAAAAAUUUGGCAGGAUAUUUUUAAUCAUAUCUUGAGUCGAAUUCCCUACGGAGAAUUCUUCAAUGAUUAAUUUCUUUAUGAAUAAAUAAACAUAUCAAAUAAUGGAA